AUGGGCGCCUCACAGUCAAAAUCAGACACUCCUGACGAGAAGGUAUUCCAAAGCGAAACACCUAUCUCUUUUUCCCCAGAUGUCGUGAACCAGCUGGCUGACCGUUUGGAUGCACCCGAAACGACCCCGGAGCGUCAGUCCAUUCUCGACGCCCACAUUCGCGCCCGCAUUCGAGAUGAACUUGAGCAUCUGAAGCGAGAUGAGGCUGCUGUGCGACAGGAGAUCGAGCAGGCUUUAGAGAAAGAGAACCUUGAUCGGGAGACGUCCAUGGCUGGCGAGGCAUCGUCACCAGAGGGCGAAUCAGAGUCCACAACAGGCAGCAUUAAGAACAGUGCUGCUCUGUUUGGCGACCUGGAAGAGGUGAAGGCGAAAAUCGAUAAAUACCAGGCGAACAAAAAAUCCACAGAGUACCCAGAAGUCGAGGCGAAUGGUGCUGCCGUUGCAGAUUGCUAUAGGAAAAACAAGGAUAAACCUCUGAUCUGCGUGUCUGAAGUAACCAAAUUCAAAGCUGCAGUAGAUCGCUUAGAGCAGGCAAGUCCAAUAUUUCCAGUCAUUACAGUAGUUAGAUGA